AUGGCCUUGAUCGAAGAAGUGCAUCCGGAAGACAAAAAAGAAGAAACCGCCGCAGAGAAUGACCCUUCCGAGAAACCCAAAGCAAUGCCUGCAGAGACCAUAGAUUCAGUCACCGGCACAACAUCAACACCAUCUGGAGGUGAAGAGAAUGACUCACAUGGAUUUGAAACCGCAAAUGAAUGUGAUGUGAGCGACAAUGAUGAUGAAGCGGAUCAAGAUAGAAAGCAACACCUGGACGAUGUUGUAAAUGACGAAGAAACAAACCAGAGAGCGUUAGUGCAAGCCAAUGAUGCUAAAUUGGAAGGAAAUAAACUAUUUGGAGAUAAGAAGUACGAGGAUGCACUAUUGCAGUAUGACAAUGCUCUACAAGUUGCACAUGAAUUGCCCUCUUCUUCAGAGCUCCUAUCCAUAUGCCAUACAAACCGCUCUAAAGCAGACUUGGGUUUGUGCUAUGGAAGUCAAAUUGAUUCAAUUGUAAGCUUUGUGAACUUGACGAUGCACGGGAAAUAUGAGGGAACAGUCAAGGAAUGCACGAAAGCAUUAGAAAUAAACCCUUCAUAUAUUAAAGCUUUUAUGAGAAGAGGAGAGGCCCAUGAAAAGCUUGAACACUUUGAGGAAGCUAUUUCUGAUAUGAAAAAGAUUUUGGAGUUAGAUCCGUCAAACGACUUUGCUCGUAGAUAUGUUAUUCGGUUGGAGCCAUUGGCAGCAGAGAAGCGUGAGAAAAUGAAGGAAGAGAUAAUUGGGAAGCUGAAAGAGAUGGGGGACUCUUUGCUCAGUCGAUUUAAUUUGAGCGUCAACAACUUCAAAGCUGUAAAGGAUCCGAAUACUGGAUCUUACUCUGUUUCAUUUCAACGUUAG